AUGGCCAAGGACGCUACAUCGCCGCCCGGUGAUCCCACAGUGGACAGCACUGUCACCGAGGCUUACUUGAAACAGGCCAGGGAUAUCUCGCACGUCGAGCAGGUCCUGUCUCAGACCGACGAUCUCAAGAAAGAUGACAUGGACUACAGCCGUGUGGACAAGGAAGUCCAGGAGUACGCCAACCGCGCCCAGAUCGAUAUCGACGAGGCGACCAACAAACGCCUGCGCCGCAUGAUUGAUCGCAGAGUGCUGGCGGUCAUGAUUUGUACAUAUUUCCUGCAGGCGCUGGACAAGGGAACGAUGUCGUUUGCGUCGGUGAUGGGGAUUAUCGAAGACACGGGCAUGCAUGGUCAGGAGUACAACUGGCUCACGACGUGUAUCUACAUCGCCGUCCUGUGCGUCGAAUACCCAACCAACUGGAUCAUUCAGCGGGUGCCCAUCGCCAAAUACCUCGGCGCCAACAUCUGUCUCUGGGGUGCCGUCCUGGCUCUGCACAGCGCGUGCCACAACUUCGCCGGCCUGGUGACUGUGCGCAUCCUGCUCGGUAUCUUCGAGGCGGUCUGCCAGCCCUCGUUCGUGCUGCUGUCCAGUAUGUGGUACCGGCGUGAGGAGCAGGCCGCCACCGUGACCUAUUGGUACAUGAUGAACGGCGGACAGCAGAUUGUCGGCGGUCUGCUGGCGUACUGCUUCAGUCUAAUCGGCAAGGACAAGGCCAUCUUCUCGUGGCAGGCGCUAUUCCUCACGUACGGCUGCCUCUCGGUGCUCUGGGGCCUCUUCGUAAUCUGGUGGAUGCCUGACUCGCCCAUGCGCGCCAAGUGCUUCAGCGAGGAAGACAAGCAUCUGAUGGUCGAGCGCGUGCGCUCCAACCAGACCGGCCUGCAGAACAAGACCUUCCGCGGGUACCAGAUGCUCGAGGCCUUCAAGGACCCGCAGAUGUACUGCUACUGCGCCAUCCAGGUCUUCACCACGCUACCCACCAGCGGGCUGGGCGCGUUUGCCAACAUUAUCAUCAAGGGCUUCGACUUUACCCUGCUGCAGACGCAGCUGCUGGCCAUGGUGCUGGGCUUCUACAUUAUUAUCGUCUUGCUCACCUCGUCGUUCCUGGUGAAAAAGACCAACCAGAACCUGCUGGUCAUGCUCGGCUUCAUCAUCCCCUCCUACGUCGGCACCAUCGUCCUGAUGACCGUCGAGAACAAGAACAUGGGCACCAAGGUCGGCCUGCUCAUCAGCUACUACAUCACGCUGUCCUUCUGGUCGGCCCAGAACCUGUGUCUGUCCAUGGUGUCGCGCAACAUCGCCGGCGCCACCAAGAAGUCCACCGUUGUCGCGGCCACCUUCGUCUCGUGGGCCGUCGGAAACGCCAUCGGCCCCCAGGUCUUCCUCCCGCGCGACGCCCCGCGGUACUUCAUCGCCUUUGGCGUGCAUCUGGGCUGCUACACCGCUAUGACGAUUGCGGUGAUCUUCCUGCGUUUCUACCUGAAGCACCAGAAUAAGAAGAAGGAGCGGCUUUUGCGAGAAGCGGGCAUGAAUGCUGACACCAACUUGACGCAUGCCUUUGAGGACCGGACAGACCAGGAGAACUUGAAUUUCCGCUAUAUCUACUAG